AUGAAAGCUGCUUUGGAUCAAUCUAUUAAAGAUGGAACAGAUGAUAUUGUCAUAUGUGUGCUACAAUUCGCUUUGUGGCAAGAGCUUAUGUACUUGAUUUAUGUUAUGAUGGUAUAUAUUGAUGGUAUAUAUUGUAUGUUUUUGCUUGGGGAGUUUGGUCUAUCUGAUAGAGCAGCAACUUGGGGAAACUUGAUGAAUUGUUUCCAAGUGUUAGCAACUGUACAAGAGAUUGUUGAAAAAUCAGCAGCAUCAUAUCAAUCAGUUGUCAGGAAAAAUGCUCAGAUAGAAUCUCUUAAACUGAAGAUGACUAGAGAAACAUUUCAUAGACCAAUGAAAAUUUCUAGUUGCUGGAAGUAUUAA